AUGCCUGACCCCCCGAAGUUUUCGCUCCCGUUGCCACAGGGAGCCGGGAGAGUACAGAGCGCUGCUGCCGGUGCCCUGCGGCCAUACAAACAUGCUCCUGCUCCUGGCUGAGCCAGAGCUGCUGGGAAAGACAUUUCGGAAGUUUCCUGUGGUUGCAACAAAUUGUUCAAAUCUGCACCGGAGCACCGCUGUGACCUGUCUUUCUCCAUCUUAGGGCAACCAGCUCCUGAAACUGGAAACUCCCUAGCACCUCCUCACCCUACCCCGCAGCCUCUCCUUGUGGAAGGAGGUGAGGGGGUGUUGUCCGGAAUGCCUGGCCUCUCUGUCCAAGCAUGGCAGCCUUGGCCCAUGGGUGGCGCAGACUCAGUUUCCUAUGCAUCUUGCCCCAGGGAGGAGGUGGGGGUUCCUUCCAUAGAGAUGGUGAAGAAUAAGGGAGGUAGUGAUCGUCUCUGGGAUCCAGUUAAAUCUGCAUCUGCAGGCAGAAAGAGGCUGGGGGACAUGGAGAGAGUGAUCAACUGGAAGAUUCUAGGGUCCUCAAUUUUGAAAGGUGACAUGAUACCCUGGAACGGGCAUGAACUUAGUUGUCAGUCCGUCCCUGCCUUUUCCAAUCAAAGCUGAGUGGCCAUGGCAAAUUAA